CGAGACCCGCACGGGACGAGUUAUCAUGUAGAUUCGUUGAAAUGCAGGCGCAUCGAGCGUAUCAACGACGAAAAAGAAAAAACGUGCAGUUGCAUAUAGCCGGCAGUUUCGAGUUAUCGAUUGAUUUCUGACGGAGCUUGUGUGGUGGUGGUGGCUACUACCCCCACACACACACACAUCCGCGUAUACUGUACGUAUCGCACAGGUGACGCAGGCUCGUUGCCCAUUAUUAUUAUCGUCGUACAAAGGGUGGCGAUAGCCUGCAGCAGCAGCAGCAGCAGCUCCGCAUAGUUGAGCGACUGCCUCCAGUAGUGCUGCUGUUACGUUAUCAGCCCGCAGGUGUGUGUACUGCAGUGACUGCGUUGUUCCGUGAAUAUCCAAUGUUUUUAUUUUUCCUGAACCCCGUUACCAAUGGAUCGUCGUCGUCGUCAUCGGCGCGGGUGGCAGCCGCGGCUUAUUACGAUACGGCGGCGGCAACGCAGGCAGCAGCAGUGGCUGGACUGCGGCAGCAGCAUUAGUCCUUUCUUUCGAUUAUAGAUGCCAACCCUUUCGCUGAGUGUACGUCAGGCUGCUUAUUCUGCUGUGUGUGUGUGAUGGGGUUGCCAAGUUAUUGUUUGCAUACGCGCUUUCCUAGUUACAGCUGCUGCAAGAUUGUGUGAAUUCAUAAAUGGCAUUUACCUUGAGAAGCACCUCCAAUUGGUGCCAUGAUUUUCCAAAACUAGCUCGCGAAUCAGGAUUCUACUUCAAUAGUCAUACGUCAAGAGUGCGCGUUGACUGGAACCGCAUCAGUUCAAUUGACAUAGAUAGAGUGAUAAGAGAGCGAGACUUCAAUACAGUCGAUGAGAAUGUUAACAAUGUUGUUGAUUAUUGUUUAGAUAGCGAAUACGAUGUGAAGAUCUUGGACCCAAAUUUUGUUAAACUCUUUCGCUUGUCCCAGCUCGCUGUAGAGUAUCUUUUAUACUGUAAGCAAUACUUGGAUCAAAGCGUUGUGAUCUUAAAGGAAGAACUCAAAUACAAGUUGGAAGAAAAUGUAAAACUAAAAGAAGAAGUUGAUCAGCAGCAGAACGUCAUUAAAGAAAUUAAAGAAAAAAUAAAAGAUAAGAAAAGCAUAGAUAUGAAAUCUGAAAGUCAUGGAGAAAUACACAAAUGUCCUCACUGCCCAAAGACUUUUGUAUCAGCGUCAUUCGCGAACGCUCAUCUCUUCCGACGUCACGCUCAUCUCGCCAAUCUUUCGACCAGCAGCUUGGUGCAAGACGAGUAUCGAGCCGAAACGGAAAAGCUGCACAACGAGAUCAAGACUCUCAAGGAGAGAUUGAAUCAAACCGAGCGAGUGAUUCACAGCGAGGCGAAAAUCAAGGAGAAAAUUUCUAACGACGACGACGAUUCGAACAAGGACGAACAGUACAGAAAGUAUCAAGAGGAAAUAAGCAAUUUGAAGUCAAUGUUAUUUACUGAAAUAAGGAAUAUCAAAAAGAAAGACAGCAAUAUCAAUCAACAAGAGACGGAAGUUAAUCAAGAAAAUAUCAAGGAACUGAUGAAUCAUCAGGAAAACGAGAUACAGCGACUGAAAAAUCAACUUCACGAUCACUUGACGUCCAAUUCCAACGAGGUCCAGCUCAAGCUCGCCCAGCAGGAGAGCCACUGGCGCUCGAAGCUCGAGCAGCUCGAGCAGCAGCAUCGGCGCGACAUCGAGAGCCUGUUCGCCGAGCUCAAACUCACCCAGGAGUCGGCCAAUCGCACCAAGACCGAGUACGAGGAGAAGGUGUCUUUUUUAGAGAGGCAGUCGUGCGAUCAGUCGAGGCUGCUGCACGAGCAGAGCGAGCGGCUCAGCAGUCUGAAGCGAAAUUACGCGGCGGAAAACAGCCAUGUCAUCGGCGGAAAUGCAGCCACCACGGCGGUCGUCGUCACGAGCACGGGCGCCCUGACGGAGCACCAACAGCAACAGCAGCAACAGCAAACAUUCCACCGGUUGCGAGGAGGAAGUUUCGCCGACGCCACAGUCGACAGCAUCAAGGCCGCGACGAAAUUACCAAAAAAAACCGAAGUCCCGAGGCUGAAGGCAGAGGAAAACACCAAAGAAUCGAGCCUGUCUCGAGCCAAGAGCCACGCGAAGAAGCCGGAAAAAAUCAAGCCUCACAAAAAGACCGUCCGAGGAGGCAACAAGUACUCGUCACUGGACGAGUCCGGUAAAAGCGAGACCAGCAGCGUGUCCGGAUCGGACAUGGAGACCGACGAGGACUCGGACGAGGAGACGAGCGAGUCCUCGGCCACGCACACCGAGAGCACCGACGACGACGACGACGACGACGACGACGACUCGGAUUUCGACGCACAAAAUUUGCCCAUGGACCAAGAGGACAAUAACGAGGAGAUAACCGCGAAACGAAAAUCGUCGAUCGUCACCACCACCAACACCAAUAGCAGCAGCACCACUGCCGCCACCUUCGGCGUCGUGCGCCAGGAGAUCCGUCAGGAGUUCGAGGACAAGCUCAGGGAGAUGGGCCUGGAUCCUGAGUGGACGGGCAUCCCCGUGGCCACUUACAAGCAAAAGAUGGAGAGUAUCAAGCACCAGCAGGCCAUGGCUUUGAAGGGGAUUCCCAAGUACGAGCAUAUAAAAAAGAAUAUCUUGGAGGAGCUAACGAAGAAGAUAUUCAGUCAUCAAAAGUCGCCCAAGCGAUUCAACGAACCGGAGAAGAAGUCAUUCUUGAACAAGGCUAUGAAGAACGUCAAGUCGAAGGCGCUGAAAGCUUUUCAGGAAUUCAAGGUUCCCAAGGGAUAUGAAACGCCUACGCCCGUUAUUAGCCCGAAAAAAUCAUCUCCGCGAGACACGAAUGUACCCAAGCGUCGUCUCAGUCUCGAGCUGCUGCCUAAGAAACCAACGAAUCAGGAUAUUCAAAAUAUCAAGCGACAAGCUCUCAACGAGGGCUCAUCCAGGUCCAAGCGAGAAAAGAACGAAACGUCCUCGCCCUUGCGCAAAACGAGCUUAUCGAGCGACGACGGGGGCAGCAGCAUCGCCAGCAGCAUACGAGCACACUACAAGCAACAACAGCAGCUGGCCGACAUCGUCAUGGAGCCUAUAAAAGCUCGAGGUGGUAGUGGUAGUGUUGGUCAGCAGCAGCAACGCAACUAUCAGAGCAUCGAGGACUUCAUAAGGGACAUCGAGGAGCAACAGCAGCAAAAGCAGCCCACCAACAAGCCGGAUGGCGCUGCUACGAGGGUCACGUCGACGCCGUCCAUGAACGCGCGUAAUCUGCUGCAGGACUCGUACGCUUUUACGAUGCAGGAGUCGGCGACGAGCCUCCUCGGCCACGAGACCUCCGUCAGGCAAUCGGAGCCGCCGAGUUGGGCCUCGCCGAAAAACAGCAGUAAAAGCGUUCUGAAGUCGACCACCGGUGGUGGCGGUGGCAGCGGUACCAUGAGCAAUAUGGUGAAGAAAAAAGUAUUAUUCGAUUUGGAGAAAGACGAUGCCAGUCCGAUCAAGAGUGCCGAUGUGACCAGGUCUUUCGAAGAAUUCAGGGACUCGAGCCACGCGGAAAAGAGAGAGAUUGGUGAUGGAGACUGGAACAGCAAGUUAUUCAGUGUACCAGAAGAAAAUGAAUUUUUAUCCAGUAACGAUAGAUCAUCGAGUACUGAAAAUAUUCAACUUAAAACUUCUCAAAGUGAAAAAAUUGCUGAAAUUUCCAGAAAAAUUCAGGAAAAGCUUGAAGCCUCAAGAAGAAAACCAACUAACUCUGUUGAAGCAAUGUUUUCUUCAAGGCCAUCAGUCACGGGCAGUAGAGAUAGCGACAUGGCUUACAGCACUCAGAGUACCACAGCCAUAACAAGUUCAAUUUUGGAAACUCUAUCUAGUCAUAUGGAACCUAAACCACGUAUCAAUGUGUCACAUACACCCAGGCCUGCCCCGCGCAGACAAAUAUCUGAUACCAAAGAUUUGGAUCUAAACGUUGACGUAGGAGAAUUAUUAGCAUUUACUUAAUCAAAGACUUUAUAGCAUUAAUUUUGAUGUAAUCUAUUUUUACCAUUUUUUUGUGCUUCAGUUGACUUUUGUGUAAAAUAUCGUUGAGUUCACUAGUACAGAUAGGUUGUGAGUGCAAUGUUAUCUAUUUUUUUACGUCAAACGUUAGUAUACUCAAGAAAAAAAGUGUAAUAACUAUAAGUGUGUAGACCAAAAAUGUUAGCACAAAUGUAAGAAUAAGUUCUAUUAACAUUUUUGAGGAGAAAUUGUUUAUAAAAAAAUUAGUUCUAGGCAUGGAUGCAUUUUAAUCUUUACUUUUCUAGUUUUUGGAAUGUGUACCAAAGAUUAUUUAUACUAGUGUUGCCAUGUUUUAUCCGUCCAUUAUUUGAAUAUUUCAACAACACUGAAAUUGUUUUACAUAUGAUAUUAAAAGUUUACAGUUAACAUUAUGCUUAAUAGCAUAAGACAAAUAUUCAUCUACAUGUGAAUGUAUGUGCACAAAUCAAUUAAAACAAUAACGUGUAUUCUAAAAUUCUUUAUUCACUAAUGUAAAAUUCAAAGAAUUAGGUACUGCAGUAUAAAUACAAAAACAAGUUAUUUAGGAAUAGAAAAUUCCUAUAAUUGCCUUGUGGAAGUCAAGCUUAAGUCUCGAACCAAGUAUUAUUUAAAAUUAUCAAUUCUAAACGGCACCAAACUAAUCACAAAUGAUUUCAUCGAAACAACAGAAAGUACUAUGUAAAUAUUGUUUUAUGCUAUUUACAAUGAAAUAUACAUAUUCUCAGAAUAUAAUCGACGUUCUCAAUACUGUACAUCGAGAUGAUACUGUAAUCAUCCCCAUUCUCUCAUCUGUAAAAUCCAAAUAGCUUCAAUAAACUCGAGUGACCAAAAUAAAGAACGUGACUAAAGUCAAA